GACACAUCUCAAGUCUAUAUCCCUUGAACUCCGCACAAUGCCUGCUUUUAAACGCAAGUCGGACGCUAUGGACGUCACCCCUACGGGUAGUCCUACUAAAAAGAUGCGCUUGACGCAGCAUCAGAAACAGGCGCUGAUGGACAAUCUACAACUUGAAAUCACUGAGCGGGCACGUAAGCUUCGUGCUCAAUAUGCCCUCCAAGCAAAUGACCUCCGGGCGCGCAUUGAGCGACGCGUUAAUCGGAUCCCAGUCUCACUACGCAAGGCUAAUAUUGGCGAGCUCCUCGAAAAGCACAAUGCCGCCACGAACAAACAACAAGUUGCGUCGCCUUCUCGAAAAUACUCCCCCGUCAAGGUGUCGCGUAAUAUCACAAGCAUCUCCGUAGACCCAGAAACCUCUACCACACGCGACGGUAGAGCUCGGAGGGGAAGCCACGAUGGCCACUUCUCUGACAAAGAGAAUGCCCCUGCCGGUCGCGAGCCCGAACUCAAGAACCCCAAGCGUCGCGUGAAGCCAGCCGGACCAGGCGGGGCCUCGCGCAUGGCAUCUCAGGAAGUACGGGGCAACGAGAACCGCAUUUUGUCUCCCAAGUCCAACAAUUCCCGAACAUACCCUCACUCGCCCUUCCGUGCAUCCCCUGAGAAGGGUCAACCCUCAUACCUGGCGCGUCCUACCUCGCCGUUAAAACCGUCCAGUCCGUUGCGGUCACGCGGCCACACUGUGUCUGCAGUCAAGGACCAACGGCCUCCUUCGCAGGCUCAGAGGACUGCCACCCGUGCCGCUACAGGACCCAAGACUAUUCGAUCACCUUUGUCGCGGCCAGCGACCCGACAAGGCGAGCGCAAGAAUAGCACAGGGUCUACUGCGUCUUCGGGCACAACAGUAACCAAGUCCACACGGACUGGUACUGGCGCAAGAAAGGCCACCACGGCAUCUACUGCAGCUGCCAAGAGGCCGGCUUCUCGCGCCCAGGCGGCAUCAAUGGCUGUCAAGAAUACCCCCACUACUGCUGCAAUGCGCAAAACUACUGCUCCGGCUAUGACUGAAACUGCGACUCGGACUCGAGCGCUGCGCAAGCGGAUUUAG